AUGCAUUUCUUUUGCUGUUGUUUAGUUUUAAGUUUACUAAGCUUUUCGAAAGCUUAUACAAAUUAUAAAAGUUACCAAAAGGAUUAUACAAGGGAUUAUCCAAGUGAUUAUUGUGUAUUGGGUAAUACACCAGUUUGUGGUACAAAUGGUCAUGAGUAUUUCCUUUUGGAAAAUGAGUGUGAAUUUAAUAAUUUCAAUAGUAAACAAUUGGAAAAGGGACAAUUGGUUUUGUUCAAAACUUCCAUAGAUUCUUGCUAUCCACCGCCUUCACCCUUAACUUAUGAUCAACCCAAGUAUGAUAACUACUGUCCACAAUAUUGCAACAAAAUCUUUAAACCGCUUUGUGCCUCCUAUCGCAAUGAACAGCGCAAUUUUACCAAUGAAUGUCUAUUGAAAAAACAUAUUUGUGAAACCAAAGAAAAUUGGCAGGUGAUAUUGAAUGGCACUUGUGUAUCAGCUUCCUGUGCCUUAGAUGGUCAGGAAAUUUGCGCCUCUCUCAAUGGUUAUACCCAAAGCUUUCCCAAUCUUUUGAGUUUAUAUGGUGAAAUACAAACGCGAGGAAAAGAUUGGCAAAUUUUAAAUGUGGGACCCUGUCCUUGUCCCGAGGACUAUAGACCCAUAUGUGCUCAAUUGAAUUGUACGGCUAAGACUUUUACCAAUGAAUGCUUUUUAGAAAGAGAAAUUAAAAAUGGUUCACACUGGUCCAUUUUAUUCUUUGGAGAAUGUCCGGAGUUACCGACGUCAACAGCUGCCCCUAAAAAUGCCGACAAUGAUGUGGAUGAUGGUGCCGCAAGUGGUGAUGGUCCUUUGGAUGUAGAUGAUGCUAUAGCGAAAUCUUUAAAUGAGGAACCCAAAACACGCAUGAAUAAACCCGUCUAUAUAGUAAAGAAAAACCAAAUAAGUCCCUAUAUACCGACAAUAUAUCCAAAUAAACCCCCCGCAAAACCUAAUGACUAUCAUCAUCCUUAUAAUACCGACAAAUCCCACAAAAAAUCUUAUGAAAAAUCUCCUAAAAAGAAUUAUGAAAAAUAUGCGAAAGCACCCGGCCCAUCCAAAGCUUUAUAUAACGAUCACGAUGCCGAUAUGUUUAGCAAUACUAUAUAUAAUUAUGCUGCCAAUGUUAAUCCUCCCGAUUAUCAAAGUUUCUUUAAACCUUUAAAUGCUCCUCUAACAGUAUCGGCUCUUUCCUUAGUCUCUUCCGGUUAUAAUAACGAUUUAUAUGCUGCUCAGACUGUUACCGAUUUAAAAUAUCAAAAUCAUUAUGCAGCUCCAUAUAAUCCCGUAUCGAUUACUACCUAUUCACACAUGCCCAUUAAUAAUUAUGAUGAUGUUAAUUAUAAUGAUGAGGAUUUAUAUGAUUCCUUAUAUGAAUCUUUUACGUAA